GUCAGAUUUGGCCUUCAAUUACUGUGGUUUCUCGCAAUUUGUGAGGGUUUUGCAAUGUCCGAGUGAAGUGAUACACGCGAAAUCGAUGCUGUGACAAUUGACUGACUUACUCGUGUUAAAAUGACAUCGAGAAGUAAAAAUGCAGUACGAAGUUACGAGACUGAAAUUGAAAAAAGUCGGGAGGAGUCUAAUUGGAAGAAGGCUGUGGAGUUGGCUCAGCAGCUCAAGGCCAGGUCACCACAACAUGAAAGUCUUGCACAUUUUCUCAUUGGAGAGGGAAAGUUGGAAGCCUAUCUUGAUGAGUGGGCACCCAUCAAGGAGAACGUUGAAAGGGCUCAACGAGAGCUCUCAGAGGCUCGUGGCUACCUGACACUGGCUACAGAUGAGGCAGGGAAGAAGGCUGGUGUAGCUCUUGAUUCCCAUUUAUUAUUAGGGAAGUUAAAUUAUGCCUGUGGAGCUUAUGACGAUGCCUUAAAACACUAUAAACUGGCUGAACUGAGUACCUUGACGGAGAAGGAGUUGCCUGUGCGAAGUCUCCGUAUAGUAGCUGAAUCAUACGCCAUCAAGGGUUUGUGCUUAGAACAAACUGCAUUACCAAGUUCGACAAGUCGAUACAAACAAGCAGAGAGAGAAUCUGAGAUGAUCCGCAGCUUCGAGGUGUCGUCGGAGCUGAGCCUGCUGUACCUGCAGCGCUGCGCGCGCUGCGCCGGCGCCACGCUGGAGACGGCGCUGCAGCGCGCGCCGCUGCUGCACAUCCGCGCCGGCCGCCUGCACGCCGCCAUCGACAGGUAUCGCGAGAUGCUAACGGCCGUCGAGUCGGUGUCGACGCAAGCCCUGCGCCUCACGCUCGCCCGGCAACUCGCCGAGGUGCUCAUGAGGGGCGUCACGGGACAGGUGUAUAAAGCACCGCGGAAGGUGACAGCUCCCACGCAGUUGCAGGGCACGCUCACGAGGCGUAGGGAGGAAUAUGUGUCGGAGGGACCGUGGAAGCCGAAGAAAUACGCUGCAAUUAAUCAGUUCGUGCCGCGCAACGAGUUCGAGGAGGUGCUGCUGCUGCUGCUGCUGGGCGAGGCCAUGGCGGUGCGCGACGCCGUGCUGUCGCAGAGCAGCGAGUUCUCGGCCGCGCGGGACCACUCGCUGCUCAACGCAAUGGCCGUGGCCGACCUGCUGGCGCUGGCAGCCGUGCGCUGGGGGCAGCUGGCGCUCGUCAUCGAGUCACUGGAACGCGCGAUGAAGUUUUCGUUCGGGUGCGCGCACAUCUGGCGGCAGCGCGCGUUGGCGACGGUGGCGGCCGCCCGCGCCACCCCCGCGCCCCCCUCGCCUCCUCUACCUGGCAGCGCGGCGUGGAGCGCCAGCGUGCGCGCGCUGUGCGUGUGCCGGCGGGCGGCGCCGCUGCUGCGCGCCGACGCCGCGCCGCGCCUGCUGGCCGCCAGCACGGCCUACCGCGCCGGAUGGAUAGAGGAGGGCAUCGAGCUGGCGGAGGAGGCGCUGGCGAUAGAGGAGGCCCGGGGCGGCCCGUUGCUGGCGCGCUGCUACCUCUACUGCGGGAUCGGACGACAGUCGAAGGCGCAGAAGAGUAACUCCCGCAUCGAGAAGGAGGCGGACAACGAAACCGGCCUGAGGAUGCUGCUGAAGGCGGUGGAGCUGGACGACAACGACCACCUGGCGUUCUACCACCUGGCGCUGCAGUACAUCCAGCUGGGCCAGCUGAACGAGGCCAUGGACGCGACGCGCGCGUGCCUGCGGGCGCGCGGCGAGUGCGGCGGCGGGCUGCGCCUGGCGGCCGCGCUGUGGGGCGCCGCGUGCGCCGGCGUGCGCGGCCCGCGCGCGCUGGCCGCCGCGCGCCUGGCGCACCACCACUACCCCGCCGCCGACUGGCCGCUCGCCGCGCUCGCCGCGCUGCAGCUCGUGUGGGAGAGCGGCGAGGCAGCUCUCGCUACCGGCAAGGAGCUCCUGAAACUCUUGAACGGCGCGGAGUGCGAGGUGGACGUGGAGCACACGAACGGGUACGCCGAGCUCGACGCGCUGUCCGACUCGCAGCACGACGACACUCACAGUAACAGAGACGCCGCGUCCAUCCGCGCGGGGUCGGCGGGCGCGUACCGCAUGGAGCGCGCGCUGUCGGAGGGCGCGUCGUCGCAGUCCGCGCCGCGCGCGCGCUCCCCGCUCGCCGAGCACCGCGCGCAGGCCUGGCUGCUGCUGGCCGACCUCUGCCUCAGGUUAGGACGAGUGAGCGCGGCGACGGGGUGCGUGUCGGAAGCUGCGGCACUCACGCCGUUCAGUCACCACGUGUUUUACACGCGCGGGCUCGUGCACGCGGCGAGUGCGGAGUGGGGCGAGGCGCGGACGUGCUUCCAGAACGCGCUCGCCAUCCACCCCACACACCUCGACAGCAUCAUUCAGCUCGGCGCCACGUACUACUCGCUGGGCUGGCUGCGGCUGGCGGAGCGCACGCUGCGCGAGGCGGGCGCGCUGCAGCCGUCGCGCGCCGACACGUGGCGGCGGCUGGCGCUCGUGCUGGCGGCGCUGGGCGAGCCGGGCGCCGCCGCCGACGCGGCCGCCGCGGCGCUGGCGCUGCACCCGCUGCUGCCGCUCGCCGCGCCGCCCGCCGCGCACCUGCCGCUCUGAGCCGCGGAUCUUACGCGAUUGCGCUAGAUGCGAGUGAUUCAACUGCCAGAUAUCUCCCGCGCGCGCUCCGAGUCGGGAGCACGAAAUAUGUUUAUAAGAUAUACUGUAAUUGCCGAGGUGAUCAAAUUAUAAUACGAGUGCUUUACCAGCACGCAGCACGGUGUACUUUUGGUACUAAGUCCAUUGACUUGGCAACGAGUCCGCUGUGUUGUAUCAAUGUAUGUAAUAUUAUAUAUGUGUUAUUACUUAGUGUGCGACAUUGAUACUUAAUAUAACGCGAAUGCUACGAUAUGUAUCGCCUCCCACACUGAACUGCUAAGACAUUUCCCAAAUCAUAAACUUUAAAUUUUCAAAAUCGUUACUGUUUAUUGAAUUGUUAAUGUCAUAAAAAAAUAACUUUUUUAAAUAUGUCUUCCUUUUUAGCCAAUAAAUGUUUGUGUCGUUAAAUUCUCUUAGAAAUACAAGUAGUAUCUGAUGUGGUAUGUGGUGGUAGGAAGACAUAGGUAAGCCUACCACUAGACGGCUACCGCUAUUAAUAAAUAAAAUCAAAGUAAAUAUUCACCAGAUAACUUAAUUUUGGCUUACAGCUUAUUUUUCACGCGAGCACAAAAUCUAUCCACAAUAAAUUGCGCCAAAUAAUAUUUUCCUUAAUAAGUAUGUUAUUUCAGUUAGUUGUAUCCGGCUUAUAAUCUCAUUGAGAAUAAUAAAUAAUCAAUGUCUUACUCUUGUAUAUAUAUAGUUAUUCAACGUUUAAAUAUGUUUAAAACAUUAAAAAUAUAAACUUUAUUUCUAUGACAAUAAGGUUCAUGUUUGUGUAUUAAAUUAAGAAAAUUUGCAAGUUUCCUUAUUAUUAAUAUUGAUAUAUUUAGAAAAUUCUAAAGUAUCUCCGCAUGAAAUAUUGUUACAAAAUUUCUAGCAACGUCUAGCAUAAGGCCAUUUCGAGUCUGUGACGUCAUAUAAAAUAUAUUUAAAUUCGACAAAAGUCAUAAUCGUAAAAUUUGUUUUAAAAUAAUGCCAGUGUAAACACAUAAAUGACGACUCGCCGGCGACCUCGUAGUCAUCGGACGACAUCGUGAUGAUCUCGUUCAAUGAGUCAAGUGUGUGCAUAAUAUUAUCGAUGUCUAUAUAUAGAAUCGGAUUACGUCUUCCUUAUAAUUAUUUAAUUGUGUAGCAAGUUAUAGUGAACGGUUCCGCAAUUACUAACUCACCGGCGUUUGUCCGCGCCAUCGAUAUAUUUAUAUAUACAAUUCGUAAUUCUUCUCCUAAAAUGGAUUGCCUGAUUUUGAUGUAACAUUUCAUAUUGUAAUUUAACCCUCUUCUCUUUUCGACUAGAUCUUCGGAGGAGGCAUUGUUACCGUCAAUCAGUUUUUUUAACUGUCCUAAUUUUUUUUUGGAUUUCCUACAUCCAUAACUAUUAUUAUAUAAAAUAUCCUGGGCUAGUCUUUAUUUUAUCCGUACGAAGUCGGGGCGGACAGCAAGCGUAACUAAAAAACAAUACGACAUUGUGAGUCGUAACAUAUUUAUUGCAUCGUUUUUAUUACACAAUACAACGGAGCUAGGCAAUAUGUUAGUAAAUUAUUCAAGGAGACUUGUUUGUGUAAUAUUUUCAGUCCGACUUAGUGGCCGGCGAUUCGUCUGGAGUAACUGGGGCACAAUUCUACUACUAGUACGUAUUCCUAUUCUACUAACACAACGAUCUAGUCGCAGUUCGGUCGAAGUGACCAUUAUUAAAUGGUAGAAUUGGCCCCCAGUCAUAUCCUCGUAUCAGGCAAUGUUUGGCGAUGUCUAUAUGUCUAUAUUAUUAAAGUAUUUCUACUUUAUGAAAUCUCGUGACUGAUAUUUAGAUACUUAAUGCCUCGGAAUUGAUUCCAUUCGGCAAAACGAUAAUAAUUGAUGUUACUUAAUAAUUAAUUUUGUCCGAUGCCAUUUUACUUUGGAUUAAAGAUGGCGGAUGUAACAAUCGAACACAUCGAUUACUUAAUGACUUAUUUUUAAAUAAUCGAAUAAAAGAUCGCAACUCGGAUAAAUGUUCGACUGCACUAAGAACAAUUACUUUUUUUAUUAUUUAAAAUGUCAAGUGGUACCUUAUAAAUAUAAUUAUUCGAAUACUUUCGUCUGCAUUCGUCCCUUCGAUACUGUAUCGGUGUUUCAUUAGUUUUUCCUUAACUCAAUAAUCGAACAAUGAUCAUGUUGCGACCUUCGUAUAUAUAUUAAUAAAUAAUUAUUUUAUUUAUAAUGGAAGUUUCCGCACAGUAUACGAAAUCAUACUGUUAACGUUUAAAGUGUAAAUACUGUAUCUUAUAAAUUCUAUCGUAUGUCUUGGCGUCGUGAGUGUCGUGUCGUGUCGUGUCGUGUCGUGUCGUGGCGUGUCUUAAUAUAUCAAGUUAAAACGAGUAUAGUGAGAUGUUUGUUAACUAGUCUAGUAAAUUAGAUUUAUUCAAUGCUGAUAUAUUAACGACGAAGCAAUUUAUAUAUAUAUGAAUUACGAAACUCAACCUUAUGUCGAUGUUGUUACGGUGUAUUAUAAUGUUUAAUAAUUUUAACGUUUCGAAUUGCAAUAUUUUUAAUAUACGUGUUCAUUUUAAUAAGUUAUCAGCGGUUUGGGCGCCUUUGAAUGAGGACGUGAUUAGAUUUUUGGUGUUUUAUAUUAAUUUAAUAAGGGGGUGGGACGGGGAUGUAUGACCGUGGCGAUUUAAUUUAUUGUUAAGAAUUUAUUUAAAACAUUACUAGGACUCUGCUACGCGAAAGCGUUCGGCGAGUACGUCCCCUUAGGUUUGUGUUUGAAACGUAAUAAUUCUAUAGCUUAUUUAAGUUAUAAGGUAAUAAGAUCGCAAAGACUAACAUAGUGUAUGACGUGGUGACUCUUCAUGAGGCUGACGAGAGAAAUAAAAAUCUUGAUUAACUUACCUCUACAAUCUUCAGAUGUAUUUUUAUUCUAUUAAUCGACAGACAGUCGUCUUUCCUAGCAAUUUUUAAUGAAUUUUUAGAAAUAUUUAAAUUUCGUAGUAACACAUUUUACUUCAAUGGGUCCAAGAGAUGGCGAACAGACGGACACGAGCUUUCUAUAGUCGAGGUUUUUAUGUCUACGGUCUGUCUGCGCUCAGUCCCGUCCAACGACUCGGCGUAAAGGAAUGUAUGAUUUAUGGUAGUGUAGUUAAGGAUGACUUUACUUUGAUCGGAUCGUGGUAUUAUAUUGUAUUUAUAUUUGGCAUGGUUUGAUAACUGGACAAAUAUUAUAUUUAGCGAACAAAUAAUUCCCGUGAAAAAUAUUCGAGGAAUCAUCUUUUCAAUAUUUUUUCUUACGAGCCUAAAUUAUGAUUGCAAUUUUGCAUUUCUUCAAAUAUAACCUUAAUAUAUCGUGAAUAUUACAAGAUACUUGAUAGUACGAGAUAAAAAUGCAAUUGUUGCAGAUAAAACAUUUUUAGGGUGAUAUUUUUGUGCGUAUAUAGUGAAUGGGCGUUCCACGACUUGUGACAAAGAGAUAGUGUAUCGAUAAAAAAUAUCAAAGUGACAAUUAAGUUUCAAUAAAUAGUAACUACUGGGGAGGACAAAACUGUUUCGAAGAUUGAGCUUAUUAUUUAUGUUUAUUAUAAUCACAAAUAUAUACAACAUUAUGAAUGUAACAAGAGUUCGCUUGAAGAAAAAACUUGCUCCAAAAAUAUUAAAUUGUUUAUUAUUUCUUGAUACUUAAGUCACUAUGGCGUUUUUAUUUGUAUUAUUUUCGUGUACUUAUAUAAGUUAAACAUUUCCUGCGGUUAGGGGUAGUGGAAGUAUUCAGAGGCUAUUUGUCUCGGUUAAGGGUGUGAAUAUUUACAUGGAUAUUUGGUUGAUAUAGUUUAAUGGGUUCAAUGCAACGAUAUGGUUUCCUAACUUAUUAUAAUUCAAAGGUGCUGUUUAAUUUUGUCAAUAAUCUGAACAAUGAUCGUAAUGAGACGAUUUGGUUGUGACCUUAAAUAUAUCACCGAAAUGAUUAUUGUUUCAUAUAUUACAUUUUGAAGUAAAUGUCUAACUAUAAUUGUUAUAUAUUUGUUUCAGUAAAUUAAAUUAAAAAAAUACGAUGAUAAUUGUCUGCCAUUGGACGAAUAAUUGGGCGGAAGUUCUUCGUCUAAGAGAUAUCUCGAACUGAAAAGAAAUAACGUGCAAACGCAUAAACUUUUUUCUUUCGAAUGGUCAUUUGACACGAUCAAUAAAACGACUCCAAAUUUGUUUGGAAUGUAGACCUUUCUGAGUAAACCCUUCAAUAAUCUCGGUAGUAGUUACUCCUACUGAAACUUUUGAACUUGUAUUUGUCAUCAUCAUUCGUUUGCUUUUAUUACAUUUAUUUUUAGGCUGCCUCUCUUGUUUUUCCGCAGUGGUGAGAAAGGUACCCAUGGGGGACUGGGUAAUGUGGAAGUCUUUAUUACCAAUACCUGGAGUAAUGGGCGUCUUCGGCGUGGUUUAUUGCAAUAUAACGCAGCUCUCCUUACCUUCCCAAUCUGGAAAUUCUUCUGAUAUAUUUUUUGGUUUCCUCGGCCAUCAAGUGUAAUUUGCUCGAUUUAUGGAUUUGCUUAACAAAAUUCCGAGUCGUUUCUCUUAGGAUACCUACGGAUUGAGAUCCACGCGGCACAUAUCAUUACCAAUAAAAUGUUCAAUCCUGCAUCAAAAUAAACGAUUACUAAUUAAUUUCAAUUGAUAUUUUGAUUAAUUGUGUAAUGUUAAAAUUGAUGGUUUCGUGGUUAAGGAAGGUAUCUUAAAUACCCAGUUAAUUGCAAUUAAGUCCUCAAUAUUGAUCAAAUGAGAUCAGAUAACCGUGUAAUUGCCAAUCAUUAUAAUGUUGACGUCAAAUUGAUUGAUUGUUUGAUGGGUCAAACCAUUAUUUAACUUUCAAAAUAAAUUUGAAAACUGACCUAAAGUCACAGGUGGAGCCCGUAAAUACCAUAUUGAUGGGCCAAGGUCUCCUCUCCUUUUAAGGAAAUAGUUUGGAACUUAUAUCGCGUAGCUCUGUUGGUAUUAAUGCCUGGUGGUUGGUUCCCGUAUUGUUAGUGAUUUUCACUUAUGAUUGAGGUGUUUUAUUCACUAGGACAUCUCAGUUUUUGCUCUUCUGCCCAACUGACUGAGCUAGAUCAAAUUUUUUCGUCAGUCCACACAACACCUAUUGAAACACUUGAACUAUCGAAUGCAAUUUUUUUUAUUCAUAUUUAAGUUAUAUAUUCAUACAAAAGUUGUUUGAAGGUAAAAUUUGAACUAUCUGUGAUUAGAUUAAAAUUCUGACAACACAAUAUAUUGUGGUCAUUCCCAUUGUUACCAUAUAACAUUUUUUUUUGCUUAAUUAAUAAUAAUAACAAUAAAUAAUAAUUAUUUAUUGUUAUAGUUUAUAAUGGUUUGGUUGGUGACGAGUUUGUGAAAUUAGAUUUAAUCGGUUUAUAAAAAAGGGAGUGGGGGGUGGCCAAUUUAUAUGAAGUUGUAAUUAGACUAAAGCAAGUACGAUGCUAAUUACUAAAAUGACAAUGCAUUAAAUGUACUCUUUACUAACCCUGCACAGUCAGUCUAUAUGUCUAUUACAAGACAUCUUUGCAACCGUUAUUAUGGCCAAUAUUAUAACAAAUAACCACGAAAAUAAUAAAAAUUCAAUGUAUUUUUUGCAGUAUUUAAGAAACCUAUUAGCGGCAACCUUAUUUUAAUCGUUAGGCAACAAAUAAUAUAGCGACGUGAAUUAUAAACAGUUUCUCAAAAAAGCACGAGUAUAAAACAAAGCCGUUUGCGCAUAAAACGUUUCGGGACAGUCGGACAUACGUCAGUUACCUGUAUUACCAUCAUUGUCGUGACACGGAUUCCGCAGCGCGCGAGCCCAAUAACGUGUAAUAUUUCAUUGUAAAUUUCUACGUUCGCAUAAGGAUGGUGUAAAUUAUUUUUAAGUAACUAAUGCUUGUCAUAGUUUUUAUUUUAUUAAUAUUUCGUAAUAUUUUCAUAAAAGUGAUCGAUUUAUUGUUUGCUUAUUGUUAUCGAUAUAUUUAAUAACCAAAUUACAAGUUGCACAUUCCUAGUCGUAUUUAUAUCAUAAGUUUUCUUAUGUUGAUAUUAAAAACAAUCACGUUACAGCAAGAUAAUAAUUUUCGAAUGAUUUUUUAUCUGAAUAUAAAAGUAUAUUUUAAAUAGAAAUAAUAUAUAUAAAUUAUUGUGUAUUUCUUCACAUUAGUUAUGAAAAUUCAUGGCCUUAAUCACCUAUUGUCAUUGUUCAUAAUUAUUUGGUUAAUACAUAGUUGUAAUCUUGCCAUGGAUUAAUUAUAACAAAAAAAAAAUCGUAACCGUCACCCUGCGAAUAAUGAAAACAUUUGUCUGUCCAUCAAUAGCAAUGUCAAAUAGAGAUAUAACAUAUGACGUAUUCAUAUAUUACUAAUAUUGACAGUAAUGUUAACAUAAGUUACCUAUCAUGAAAACAAUUGUAUUAUAAAUAUGUAUAUAUUAGUAUAUUUAUUUAUAUAUAUUUCGUUCUUAAAAUGCCAGUUUGAAAAUUAUCUUAAAAAAUAAACAAUCAAACUGAAGAAUAUUCUGAAUGCAUUACAAAAAAAUGGUAACACUGACAUUUUUUAAUGUUGCCAUUUUUUUCGUCUAACUAUAAAUAUUUAUAUAUAAAAUAAUUUAAUCUACUGUAUUAUCAUUGCGUAAGUGCUGUUAGUAUAUAUGCAGGAUAACGUCGUUGCCACGUGUAACUAUAAUAUAAGCAAUGUAAUAUUUGUAUCUAUACUCGGGUGCACCUCUGUACAUAAUCUAUACGUUUAAACCUGUUGUUUCCUGUGUACACUAUCUGUAGCUGUUGUUUUCUCAUUCGAUGUUGAUGUACAUAUAAAGUUUGAACAUAUAAUAUGUAAUUAUUACGUUACAUAUAA